ACUUGCCUUUUUCGUAGAGUGCAAUUUACAUCCUUUUCGCUUCGCUUUUCGUCCUUCUCUUCGAGCAAUCGGCAAGCGAUUCCUCUUUUUAUCAUCCCAAUCGGCCUUCGAAUUCGAUCAUCCAGUUUUGUUCUUCUUCCUUGUUGUUCAAUUGCAGCGAAAUUUAUCAACCAUGGUGAUCAGUUCUUUCAAGCAGGAGCAUGCCCUCGAAAGGAGGCAAGCUGAAGCGGCUCGUAUCAGGGAGAAGUAUCCCGACAGAAUUCCGGUCAUCGUCGAAAGAGCCGAGAAGAGUGACGUGCCAGAUAUUGAUAAAAAGAAGUACUUGGUCCCGGCUGAUCUGACAGUUGGCCAAUUCGUUUACGUUGUCCGGAAACGGAUCAAGCUCAGUCCCGAGAAGGCGAUCUUCAUUUUCGUCAAAAACAUUCUUCCACCUACUGCGGCGAUGAUGUCAGCUAUUUACGAGGAGCACAAAGACGAAGAUGGAUUCCUGUACAUGACCUACAGUGGUGAAAACACGUUCGGGAUCUUCUGAUGCAAAUCGGCCUUUACCCGAUGGUAUCAAUGUGGAUACCGCCCAAGACUCCGGUUAUGAAUUCUGAUUUAGAUGUACAUUCUCUCUCUCUCUCUCUCUCUCUCUCUCUCUCUCUCUCUCUCUCUUUCUCCUUAGAGACUUUCUUGGCAUCUUUGUUGAAGCUAUGAUGCUAUGGAUGAAGAUGAAAGACUCUCUCUCUUUCGCUCUCUCCAUUCAGUUUAUUUGAACUUGGACUAAAAAAGUAUGCGUCUGCUUGAAAGUUUGAAGCUUUGGCGGCCAUUGAUCAUGGUUUCUUUUGAUUUCUGUGCAAAGGAACAUGGGAAUGGAAAAGUGAAACUUGCAGGAAUUUGGAUUCGAAUA